AUAAACGUUGGGGCAGUGAAACUUGUUCAUAAUUUGUCAUAUGAAUUAAAACCGUCGAGUGCCAGAUAAAAUGAAAGCCAUUAUCUGCGUUGCUUUAGCUUGCGUAGCUUUAGCUGCUGCUUUCCCCCAAAAAGAAGGAGGCGCCUACACUAACGAAGCCAUAAGUCAAGCUAGGAACACAUUCUUAAUCCCCAAGGAUGCCGAAAUCCAAAAAGUUCAAGAAGGAAUCGAAAUCGGAGCUUACGAAAGCAUUCCCGGCAAUCAAAAAAUCAACUUGUUCGAGAUCUUGGGUGACCAAUUCCCACCAGAGGUAGUCAACAAUCUCCAGACUCAAAUCGAUCAAGUUGGACGCAACUAGAAACACAAUUUUAAUUUAUAAUAAAAAUUAAAAAAAUCGUGAUCAUCAUCUCAUCCCCUUCACUUCACACCCAUUGCUCUGUUAAACCAGUCUGUGAUCUUUCCUCUUUGAUACACUGGAAGUGCUCUAAUUCUUCGUCGUACAAGGCUGAAAGAUUUGGAGCAUUUCUUUUCUAUCUGUUACUGUUUUAGCACGUUUUUCUUUUGAUGCACCGUUUCCUUUUUUAAUCUUCUAGUUGCAUUUAGUGACUAUAGCUGAUAUUCUUCCGAGUAAAGUGCCAACUUUCUUUUAUUAGGUACCUACUAUUUUAUUUUUAUAUUUUUGUACAUAAAUAAAUUUCCUAUUUGUAUA